CCUUUACACUACAAUAUGGAGAUGCCUGACCUAAACUGUACCUAUAAACCGGCACCAGUACAGUGUAAUGGGUUUGACCCACGUGCCUUCCGCUGGGCCUUAACCAUGAGGCUGGCAGUGGAGGAGAUCAACAACAGCAAAGACUUACUACCCAACCACACACUGGGUUAUACGAUUUUUGACUCCUGUGCAUACCCUUUAACUGGCCAGCGGGCAGCUUUGGCCAUCCUAAAUGGACCCGGUGAGGUCAGUAGCCCACUGUGCGCUGAGGCUGCUCCAUUAAUAGCUGUCAUCGGAGAGUCAGGGUCUGCUCAAUCAAUAGUGGUGUCCAGGAUUCUGCAACCUUUUAGAAUACCAAUGAUCAGCUACUUCUCCUCUUGUGCCUGUCUCAGUGACAGAAAAGAGUUCCCCACUUUCUUCAGAGUAAUUCCCAGUGAUGACUACCAGGUAAAAGCCAUUGCCCAGCUUCUGCAGCACUUCAACUGGACAUGGGUGGGUGUGGUGCGAGGGGACCACGCGUAUGGCCGCUUUGCCCUGCAGGGCCUCCUGAGAGAGCUGACAGGCACAGGUGUCUGUGUGGCUUACCAGGAGAUGAUUCCCCUGCUGUAUGAGAGGCAGAGAGCACUCAAAAUCAUCAAUGUCAUGAGGACCUCUAGUGCUCGGGUGGUGGUGGUCUUCUCUGCUGAGGGUGAGCUCACCCCGUUCCUGAGUGACUACAUGGAACAGAAUAUCACUGGGAUCCAGUGGAUUGCAAGCGAAGCAUGGGUGACUUCCUCUGUGUUCACAGGGAGUGAGUACUACCCUUUCCUGGGGGGCACUAUUGGCUUUGGGAUACGACAAGGCCAGAUCCCAGCACUCAGAGAUUACCUGAUGACAGUGGACCCAUGGCAUUACCCCUCUAUGCCCCUCUGCACAGGGCAUGAGAUUCUGAAGGAGCAGCACUCUGCCUACAUGAACACCUCAAGCCCUCGCAUUUCCUAUAAUGUGUACAAAGGUGUAUAUGCUAUUGCUCAUUCCCUGCACAACCUCAUGCACUGUGAAACUGGACAGGGACCGUUCAAAAACUCUUCAUGUGCAGACAUCAACAACACCUAUCCAUGGCAGCUCCAGCACUACCUUCAAGAUGUAUCAUUCACCAUAUCAGGAGAAGAAGUGAACUUUGAUGAGAAAGGGGACUCAAUUCCAUCAUACGACCUUAUUAACUGGCAGAGAGGGCAUGAGGGGAAUAUUGAGUUCAUCAAUGUUGGAUUGUUUGAUGGUGCAAACGAAGCUGGGAAAGAGCUACUCAUACAGGACACAAUGAUCAUGCUGGUGUCUGUGUGCAGCGACAGCUGUCCUCCAGGAUCCCGGAAGGCUGUCCGUCCUGGGGAGCCUCUGUGCUGCUUUGACUGUGUACCAUGUGACAGUGGCAAGAUUAGCAAUGAGACAGAUUCAAUAGACUGCAUGUCCUGUCCUGAAGACUUUUGGUCAAAUUCUGUUGGAACACACUGCAUACCCAAGGUUGUUGAGUUUCUUUCCCACGAUGCAAUGGGAGUGUCACUGACAGUGAUAGCCAUUGUAGGUGCCUGUCUCACGGUUUCUGUUCUAGCAGUAUUCCUUUAUCACAGAAACACCCCCAUUGUCCGUGUUAACAACUCAGAGCUGAGUUUCUUUAUUCUGCUCUCACUCACUCUGUGUUUCCUCUGUGCACUGGUGUUUAUCGGAGAGCCCACAGCCUGGUCCUGCAUGCUGCGCCACACGGCCUUCAGUAUCACAUUCUCCCUCUGCAUCUCAUGCAUCCUGGGCAAGACUUUAGUGGUCCUUGCUGCUUUCACAGCCACUCGGCCUGGAAACAACAUAAUGAAGUGGCUGGGGCCCAGUCAGCAGAGGGUCAUCAUCUUCUCGUGCACUCUGGUUCAGGUCAUAAUCUGUGCUGCCUGGCUAAUCUACGCUCCCCCUCUUCCCUAUAGAAACACCCAGUACCAACGCUCCAAAAUUAUCCUGGAGUGUAGUGUGGGUUCUGACUUGGCAUUCUGGUGUGUUCUGGGAUAUAUUGGACUUCUGGCUUGUUUGUGUUUUGUGCUGGCCUUCUUGGCCCGAAAGCUUCCUGGAAACUUUAAUGAGGCAAAGUACAUCACUUUUAGUAUGUUGAUCUUCUGUGCAGUUUGGUUAGCCUUUGUCCCAGCCUAUGUCAGCUCCCCAGGAAAGUUCACUGUAGCUGUGGAGAUUUUUGCCAUUUUGGCAUCCAGUUUUGGCCUACUAUUGUGCUUAUUUGCACCAAAGUGUUACAUUAUCUUGGUAAAACCAGAGAAAAACACUAAGCAUCACCUAAUGGGAAAAGAAAAGUAA